AUGUUAAUCAAAAAUCUUUCUGCCAUCAACUUGAAAACCUCAUCAACAUCUAAUAUUAUGUUAAAUCAAAAUAACAUCAAUAUUCAACAAUCAAAUUCAAAUUAUGGAUCUUUAAUUGGUCAGUCCUCUAAUCAAUCAACAGGUUACUUUUGGUUCAGACAAUAA